UGCGUCUCUGUUCUUAGGGCUCAGCUUUCACCCGAAGCGGCCCUGGAUCCUAACGAGUUUGCACAAUGGAGUGAUCCAGCUGUGGGAUUACCGGAUGUGCACCCUUAUUGACAAAUUUGAUGAGCAUGAUGGACCAGUCCGAGGUAUUGAUUUCCACAAACAGCAGCCACUCUUUGUCUCUGGAGGUGAUGACUACAAGAUAAAGGUUUGGAAUUACAAACUGCGCCGCUGUCUUUUCACUCUGCUCGGGCACCUGGAUUACAUUCGCACCACUUUCUUCCACCAUGAGUACCCCUGGAUCCUGAGUGCUUCUGAUGAUCAGACGAUCCGGGUUUGGAACUGGCAGUCCAGAACCUGUGUUUGCGUGCUGACAGGACACAACCACUAUGUGAUGUGCUCCCAGUUUCAUCCCUCUGAGGACCUGGUGGUGUCGGCUAGCUUGGAUCAGACUGUGCGCGUUUGGGAUAUUUCUGGCCUAAGGAAGAAGAAUCUGUCUCCUGGAGCUGUGGAGUCGGAUGUCAGGGGAAUUACUGGGGUGGAUUUGUUCGGGACGACAGAUGCGGUGGUGAAACAUGUUCUUGAGGGACAUGAUCGUGGAGUGAACUGGGCUGCCUUCCACCCCACCAUGCCUCUCAUCGUAUCUGGGGCUGAUGAUCGGCAGGUGAAGAUCUGGAGGAUGAAUGAAUCAAAGGCCUGGGAGGUGGACACCUGCCGUGGACACUACAACAAUGUCUCCUGUGCUGUCUUUCACCCACGGCAGGAGCUGAUCCUCAGCAAUUCAGAAGAUAAGAGCAUCCGUGUCUGGGAUAUGUCUAAACGCACGGGUGUCCAGACCUUCCGCCGAGAUCACGAUCGCUUUUGGGUGUUGGCUGCUCACCCCAACCUCAACCUCUUUGCUGCAGGCCACGACGGCGGCAUGAUCGUGUUCAAGCUGGAGCGUGAGCGGCCUGCCUAUGCAGUGCACGGUAACAUGCUGUAUUAUGUGAAGGACCGUUUCCUGCGCCAGCUCGAUUUCAACAGCUCCAAAGACGUUGCUGUCAUGCAGCUGAGAAGUGGUUCCAAGUUUCCAGUGUUCAACAUGUCGUACAACCCAGCUGAGAAUGCUGUCCUGCUCUGCACGAGAGCUAGUAACCUGGAGAACAGCACCUAUGACCUGUACACCAUCCCCAAGGACGCAGACUCCCAGAAUCCCGAUGCCCCGGAAGGGAAGCGUUCCUCUGGGCUGACAGCUGUGUGGGUAGCUCGCAACCGCUUUGCAGUCCUGGAUCGCAUGCAUUCGAUCCUAAUCAAGAACCUGAAAAAUGAGAUUACCAAGAAAGUGCAGGUCCCGAACUGUGAUGAGAUUUUUUACGCUGGCACUGGGAACCUUUUACUCAGGGAUGCAGACUCGAUCACGCUCUUUGAUGUGCAUCAGAAGCGAACCCAGGCUUCCGUGAAGAUCUCCAAAGUGAAGUAUGUCAUCUGGUCAGCUGACAUGUCCCAUGUGGCUCUGCUGGCUAAGCAUGCCAUUAUGAUCUGCAACAGGAAGCUGGAGUCCCUAUGUAACAUCCAUGAGAAUAUCCGUGUCAAGAGCGGCGCCUGGGACGAGAGCGGUGUCUUCAUCUACACCACCAGCAACCACAUCAAAUACGCUGUCACCACAGGGGAUCACGGAAUCAUCCGUACUCUGGACCUGCCUAUUUAUGUCACCCGCGUGAAGGGGAACAACGUGUACUGUCUAGACAGGGAAUGCCGACCCAGGGUCCUCACCAUUGACCCCACGGAGUUCAAGUUCAAGCUGGCGCUGAUCAACAGGAAGUAUGAUGAGGUGUUGCACAUGGUGAGGAACGCCAAGCUGGUGGGCCAGUCCAUCAUCGCCUACCUGCAGAAGAAGGGCUACCCCGAGGUGGCGCUGCAUUUCGUAAAGGACGAGAAGACUCGGUUCAGCCUGGCACUGGAGUGCGGCAAUAUCGAGAUCGCCCUGGAGGCAGCCAAGGCUCUGGACGACAAGAAUUGCUGGGAGAAGCUGGGGGAGGUGGCCUUGCUGCAGGGAAACCAUCAGAUCGUGGAGAUGUGCUACCAGCGCACCAAGAACUUUGACAGGCUCUCCUUCCUGUACCUCAUCACGGGCAACCUGGAGAAGCUCCGCAAGAUGAUGAAGAUAGCUGAGAUCCGUAAAGACAUGAGUGGCCACUAUCAGAACGCCCUGUACCUCGGAGAUGUAGCAGAGAGGGUGAGGAUCUUGAAGAACUGCGGGCAGAAGUCCCUGGCCUAUCUCACAGCUGCAACUCAUGGCUUGGAUGAAGAAGCCGAGAGUCUGAAGGAGACGUUUGACCCAGAAAAGGAAACGAUUCCAGACAUUGACCCCAAUGCAAAGCUGCUCCAGCCCCCUGCUGCUAUCAUGCCUCUGGACACUAACUGGCCAUUGCUCACUGUCUCCAAGGGAUUCUUUGAAGGAACAAUUGCUAGCAAAGGCAAAGGAGGGGCAUUGGCUGCUGAUAUUGAUAUCGACGCUGUUGGCACCGAAGGCUGGGGAGAGGAUGCUGAGUUGCAGCUGGAUGAAGAUGGCUUUGUGGAUGCCGGGGAAGGCUUUGGAGACGAAGCCCUUGGUAAGGGACAGGAGGAAGGAGGAGGAUGGGAAGUUGAAGAGGAUUUGGACCUUCCUCCUGAACUGGAUGUCCCUGCUGGCCCGGCAGGAGGAGUCGAGGAUGGAUUCUUUGUGCCACCCACCAAGGGCACCAGCCCAGCUCAGGUCUGGUGUAAUAAUUCCCAGCUGCCUGUUGAUCACAUCCUGGGUGGUUCCUUUGAGACAGCCAUGCGGCUCCUCCACGACCAGGUGGGAGUGACUAAUUUUGGCCCCUACAAGCAGCUGUUCCUGCAGACCUAUGCCCGGGGCCGCACCACCUACCAAGCACUUCCCUGCCUGCCCGCCAUGUAUGGAUAUCCACAUCGCAACUGGAAGGAUGCCGGGUUGAAGAAUGCCCUCCCGGUCGUCGGCUUGAAGCUCAACGACCUGAUCCAGCGCCUGCAAGUCUGCUACCAGUUCACCACGGCUGGCAAGUUCGAGGAGGCGGUGGAGAAGUUCCGUGCCAUCCUGCUGAGUGUGCCGCUGCUGGUGGUGGAUAACAAGCAGGAGAUCGCUGAGGCCCAGCAGCUGAUUGCCAUCUGCCGAGAGUACAUUGUGGGGCUGUCAAUGGAGAUCGAGAGGAAGAAGCUCCCCAAAGAGACCCUGGAGCAGCAGAAACGCACCUGCGAGAUGGCAGCCUACUUCACCCACUCCAACCUGCAGCCCGUCCACAUGAUUCUUGUGCUGCGCACCGCUCUCAAUCUCUUCUUUAAGCUCAAAAACUUCAAGACAGCUGCCACAUUUGCUCGCCGGCUCCUGGAGCUGGGCCCCAAGCCCGAAGUGUCACAGCAGACACGCAAGAUCCUGUCCGCCUGCGAGAAGAACCCCACUGACACCUAUCAGCUGAACUACGACAUGCACAACCCCUUCGACAUCUGCGCCGCCUCCUACCGGCCCAUCUACCGCGGCAAGCCGGUGGAGAAGUGCCCACUCAGCGGUGCCUGCUACUGCCCUGAGUUCCGGGGACAGAUCUGUCGAGUCACCACGGUGACAGAGAUUGGCAAAGACGUCAUUGGGCUGCGAAUCAGCCCACUUCAGUUCCGCUAAGGCCCUGCCCCAGGCUGGGG